AUGGCCACUGAGAACCGUUCAACCGGCAAAAAGGUCAAGGCCUUCUUCCUUGGCAAUGAGGCAACUUCAAAAGAAGAAAGACGUCUUGUGCAGAAAAUAGACUUCUUCAUCUUGACAUACUGCUGCCUCAGCUACUUCUUCAACUACCUGGACCGUGCUGCUUUUGCCAAUGCUUAUGUUGCUGGCCUCCGCGAGGCCUUGCACAUGAAGGGCCAUGACUACAACACAGUUCUUUCGGUGACCACUGCUGGUAUGGUGGUGGGACAGAUUCCUCAUGGCAUCAUCAUCGGUCUCCAAAUCGUCCGGCCGCGAAUCUGGCUGCCGUCGAUGUGCUGUCUCUGGGCAUUCCUGACUAUGGCUAGUGCAGGCGUCAAGAAUACCGCUCAGCUCUGCGUUAUCCGCUUUUUCCUUGGCUUGGCGGAGGCUAGCACCUACUCGGGAGCCAUCUACAUCAUGGGCUCCUGGUACAAGCCUGAAGAAAUCUCGAAGCGCACGGCCAUCUUCACCGCGUCAGGUCAGGUAGGCACGAUGUUUGCCGGCGUCAUGAUGGCUGCCAUCUACAAGGGACUAGGCGGCCUUGCCGGUCUUGGUGGAUGGCAGUGGGUCUUCAUCAUUGAUGGCAUCAUCACGCUUCCCAUCGCGAUCUUCGGCUUCUUCUACUUCCCGGAUAUCCCUGAAAACACCAGCGCUCGGUAUCUCAGUGACUCUGAGAAAAAGAUUGCUGUUGGACGUUUGCCUCCAGUCAUCAAAGGGUCGCACGGAGUCAACCCGUUCUCUCUGUUAAAGCGUCUAGUACUUAUGCCCACCUUUUGGGUUUUGGUGCUGUGGUCUCCGAUUUGCGCUACACUCGAGGCCUGGGUUGUCCAGGGUAACUUCAUCCUUUGGCUUAAAUACCACGCCGAAUCCUUCACGCAGAGCCAAAUCAACACCUAUCCUUUGGGCGUGCAAGCAGUCGGCAUCGUAACCAAUAUCAUGGCGGCAUGGCAUAUGGACGCGACCGGAACCCGAGUACCCAUGGUUGUGCUGGUUUGUCUUAUCCAAAUCGUCUGCGCCGCGAUGCUCCUCGUUCCGAACCUGCCUUACGCCGGUACCAUGUUCGCAUUCUACGCAUCGGGUUCGUCGUACAUGGUCAACCCGUUGAUCUUUGGCUGGGCCAGCAUCAUUCUCCAACGGAGCGGCGACGAGGCGGUGCGCAGCGUGACGGUGUACGCUAUGAACAUUGGCGCCACCACGCUUUACACUUUCUGGGGCAUCGUCUUCUAUGCGGCCGAUGAAGCGCCGUAUUGGAAGAAGGGUGCGAUUGUCAUGAUUGUGUGCAGCGUCAUCGUACUCUGCUUCAUGGGACUCGUCAUCAGGAUCGAUAGGCAAUCACUUGCAAAAUAUGGCUCAAUGACGGUGGAAGACUUCGAGCGUGCCGCUGCGGCUCGAGAGACGCAGACGUUGCCUGACGGAGAGAGAUCCGAUGAGAACGAGGACCAAAAGAACACAGUUUCGGAGAAAGUGACGCCAAUCUGA